AUGGCAGAAUGUAAAGCUUUAUCUACUCUUAUUCCUGUUUCGAAAUCUAUUCCAUUCAGUGCAGAUCUAUAUGAAGAUCAUACUCAAUACAGAAGCCUGACAGAAGCACUAAAAUAUCUAACUAUCACGCGUCCAGAUUUGGCAUUUGCAGUAAAUCAAUUAUGUCAACACAUGCAUGCUCCUACAAUAUCAGAUUGGGAGCAACUGAAAAGAGUCUUGAGUUAUGUUAAAGGAACAGUUAAUGUUGGUUUACAUAUAAGAAAGUCACCAUCAAGAGAGCUUCAUACUUUAUCUGAUUUUGACUGGGCUGGCUGUCCUCAAGAUCAUAAGUCUACUAGUGGCUAUGCUAUGUUCCUUGGGUCAAAUCUUGUGUCUUGGGUCUGCAAGAAACAAAGAACGUAA